AUGACCGCAGCAACCGCAAUCGAAACUGUUCCCACGGGAAAGAAGAAGGUCAUGCUCAAUACUUUUGAUGGGCCGACUUACAGGCUGGUGUCCACGAGCCCACCUAAAGACUGCACCCUCGACGACGUGCCCAUCAUCGACUUGAGCGGGCUUACAGGCGACUUUGAAGAACGCAAAGCGAUUGCCCUGGAGAUUUUGAGUGCUGCCAAAACCAGCGGGUUCUUUUACAUCAAGAAUCACGGCAUUCCCGAGCAAGUGAUCGAAGCGGCGCAUCAAAAGGGAAUAGAGUUCUUCAAGCUUCCCGAGAAGGAAAAGCGAAAGCUCACCUCCAACACAUCGGCCUACGGGUACACCGGCUUCCGGGAGCGGCAGGCCAACCCGAGCGAGACCAAAGAUAGGAAAGAGGCCUUCCUCUGUCAUUAUGAACCCGAGUUCGAUCCUCUCCACGAGAACCGGCUCGACCAGGUUCCCGUGAACGUCAGAGCGCAUUUACCUCGGGAGGACUUUGAGUGGACUGACGAUGGCGAUUCUGCCGUCCUUCCGGAUUUCAAGGCCACAGUGUUGGCGCACUGGCGCGAGUGCCUGGCCCUCUCCCGCCGUCUUAUCCGUGUCAUUGCUCUGGCCCUCGACCUGCCGGAAGAUUAUUUCGAUUCACUCACUACCUACCCCGGCGGUGACUUCGCAAUAAACUUUUAUCCUGGUCACGGGGACGAGCCGAUUCAGGACCCGGACGAGGUCGGCGUCGGCGCGCACACGGACUUGCAAAUCUUGACUCUUCUGUGGCAAGACAGUCACCGAGGACUGCAAGUGCUCAACAGUGCGGGGGAGUGGAUGUGGGCGCCGCCGAUCCGCGGCACGUUUGUUGUUAACAUUGGCGACUUCUUCAUGAGAAUGACAAACGAUAGGCUCAAGUCGACUGUACACCGCGUCGUGCAGCACGGCAGAGAGGACAGGAUCUCCAUGCCCUUCUUCUUUGGAUUCAAUUUCGACCAGGAGCUUGGCGUCCUUCCGACCUGCAUUGAUGAGAGUAGCCCGGCAAAGUACGGACCGGUGACGUGCGGUGAGCUCAUCGCCAAACGUUUGGCACUAGCAAAAGUUGAAAUGCCACAUGGUAGCAAGUAG